CUCAUUGUAAAAAUUUAUGUUUACAAAUCCAUUGUAUACACACAAAUCAGAGGUGGGAACCUAUUUUCUAUGCAGUAAAAAUUCACAAGUUUUGGAGUGCAGAAAAGCCUUGGAAAGAAGGUCUUACUGUCAAAGGCCGCAUUUCAUUGUUUGUACUCCCAUCUCUGACGCAGAAAAUGUAAAAUAAAAGGAAACAAUAAUAAAUGUAUUAUUUUGGUUUUAAUAUUUGCAAAAAAUAUAAAAUUUUACAAUAGUCCUCCGAAUGGAUGGAGUUUGCAAUAAUAAUUAUAACAUCAAUCGCAAAUCAAAAUUAUCUGUGCCAAAAUGCCGUGUAAAUCGAGCAAAGCCUUUGACAAGACUUCGAAAAAUACCAGCCCUAAAUACAUUUGGACCAUUUCCCGAUGAAACCAUUACAAUAACCAUGGAUCGCAUUUUAUAUUUCUUGGGUGGUCGUAAAAUGCAAAAGUUCUUUCAUACCGAAUCGACGAGUGACAGCAGUGGGAGGAGUCAGUGUUCCAUGAGAAGUGUGUGCUAUAAAGCCUUCCCGAAAUUUUACACGAAAAGCCAUCAAACAUCUGUGGAAUCAUUCUAUUCAUCCAGCAAUGUUUGGGAGUCUGGCGAUCAAAAUAAUUUUCCGAAAAUUAAUAUUUGUCCCAUUGAUCGCGGAAAAUCAACACCCAGAAUAAUUUUGCAAGAAUCACCUCGAGACGAUGACAGCUGUCUCCGGAAAUCGAUGCAAAGUUUAAAGCGUUCAUUUUCUCUGUGUUCCUUGGCAUGCCGUAAGAUAAAAGAAAAGAUGUUGAUGGGUAGAGAACCAUCUUCGCCACCAAAAUGGUUGUGGACCAAGUUGCAGGAUUAUGGUGAUGGCUGUCAUGUAUAUGAAGUCUUUACCAAUUCUUCGACUAGUAGCCAUCCCACACAAUUUGAAACGGAGAAGGCUCCUCGCAUAAUUUUUGUAAUUUUACCCACGGGCGUAAUUAUGCCAUUUGAGACAUUGAUUCGUCAUUGAGGUGUUAAAAAAAAAAACAAUGAAUUGGAAUACGCAGUUGUUUUUGUAUUUUUGGAAAUAUUUUUGAAUCUACCUAUAGAAGACUUAUAAAAGUUAUUAAAUUUGUAAAAAUUUGGAAUCUCAGUAUA